AUGAUAAAUGGUACAAAAAACAGAAACGCGAAAACAAAAAACUACAUCAUAAAUGUUAACUGCUACACUUGGAUCAAUAACAGCCAUGGAUUGUUUGAUUAUGAGAGCGAGAAUUUUUAUAAAAAAUGUUUCAAGAUUAAGUGCCUAUACAAUUAUUACUACAUUUUAAAGGAUGAUAUAAAUGUGGAAAUAAAAAAUGAAGAAGAAAUAAAUAAAAUGAUGUUAAAUAAUUCUAAUAUGAAAAUUAUUUGUAAAAUAAAAUACAUAAAUAACAAUUACCAAUUAGUACCCUGCAUCGAAAAUGUGUACGAGGAGUUGAGUAAAGCAGGGGAUGAUGAGGAGGAGGGGGAUGGAAAAGUCAGUGGAAAUGAUCAAGUCAGUGGAAAUGACCAAGUCAGUGGAAAUGACCAAGUGAGAGGAAAUGACCAAGUGAGAGGAAAUGGCCAAGUGAGUGGAAAUGGCCAAGUGAGUGGAAAUGGCCAAGUGAGUGGAAACAACGUGGCUGACAGUGAACAUAACGACAAUGACAAUAACAACGAUUUAGAUACCUUCUGGGUCAUAGUGAAAUACUUAAAGAAUAAAAGUUCAAUAUUGCAUGAAGAUGACAUAAUAAAGUUGGGAAGGGUAAAGUUGAAAAUAAAAAAGAUUAUUACCAAUUUGCAGCAAGAAAGAGAAUACAAUAAAUCAGUGUCACCUUUUAAUGACGAUGAUGAUGAAUGUGAAAUGGUUUCUCCCCAAACGGAAUACCCAAGGGGAGCAAGCAAUAACAAAAAUGAUAGAAAUGAUAGAAAUGGCAGAAAUGACAGAAAUGACAGAAAUGACAGAAAUGACAGAAAUGAGAAAAGUACCAUUUCGAAUAAUUAUGCCAAUGGAAACAUGAACCUCCAUUUUCCCCAUCCCGGAAGUCAAAUGUCAAGGGAUGAAAAUGUUUGUCUUAAUUGUGGGGGAGUAAGUAGCAAUGUGGAGGAUAGUUACAAUUUAUAUGAUGACGCUGACGAUGAUGACGACGGAGCUAACGUGGUCGAUUCUGUCGGUGCAGCCAAUGCUGACGAUGCAGGUAUGGAGUUACCCCAUGAGGAGGAAGCGUUCACCAAUAGUAGAAACAUCAGAAAUCACAACACGAGUGAACCUCUCGAAAGUAUCUUCAAUUUAACAAGCAACAACUCCUAUUUGGAUGAUUUUCAUAAUUUUAAAAGGAACACAACGAAUGGUAUGGAAAAGGGGAGAGACCUGAGUAAUACCCAAGGUACAAACAAUAAUAGGGAUGAGAAUGAACUUAAGAUAGUAGAGGAAGCAUUUGAGAAUAAGAGCAUAGAUGUAUCGGCAAAUAUUCUCACCAAUGGAACUGGAAAUGGUAUGUCAAAUGGUAUGGGAAGUUUAGUACCAUUCAUUGACGAUUUUUGCAGAAAUGUGACCCAAUGUAGUGACAAUGUUAACAGAUAUGAAAUAUUACAAAAUGGAGAAAAGAAGGAUAUCAACAGUAAGGAUGCAGAUGUGUUGACCAUGGAAAGAAGCAUGGAUAACGACCUGAAGUCGAACAUCCCAUCGACUGAUAAGAACAAAAAGUCACCCAAUUGUAAUGACAUAAUAAAUAGGAUUGAGGAGCGAAGAAAAAAGAUAGAUAAUAUGAAUGAACAAGAUGAAAAUGGCGUAGCUGUCAUAGAUGAUCUCCCAUUUAGUUGUAUAUGUAAUGGUUAUGCAAAACAUAGAAAAGAAUGUGAGAGUAGUUCCUAUUUAGACAAAGGUAUCAUUAAAUCGUCAUAUGUAAAAGAAUAUGACAGUAGCGCAAUAAGCCUCUUAUGUGAUCGGAAGGACAAUAAUAAAUAUGAUCAAUUAGCUAGCCAAAUGAAUAAAUGUGAUGCAAAUAAAAGAGAAGAUAGAGAAAAUUUUAAAAGUAACAAAAUUGGGAAGAAAGAAAAUCAAGAAUGUAAUAAUAUUCAGACGAACGCAAAUAUGGAAGCGACAAAUUUAAAAGAAACACAUUUAAAAAUUGCAAAUAAUGCAAACGAUUGUUAUUUAAAUUGUUCACCAUGUUGUAAUGGAUAUGGUAAUGUAACAACGGGAAGGGUGAGUGAACAUUACUCCGUAAGUAGUAACACCAAUAAAAUCAACGAUGAUUCUGAAAAAGUACUGAGAGACAUAAGUGGUGGUAAUAGUAGUAGUACACCUAACAGUAAUAAUGUUGUAAUUUUUGCUGAUUAUGACAAUGUCGAUAGAAAGGAAUCUCCCAAUGAUAAUUCUGGGAAUAUAGACUUCAGUUAUGGUGCAAAUGGCAAUGAAAUUCAUGGUACUGGUGGAAUGUGGAAUAACAUUGAUGAACCACCUAAAGAUAUGAGAAAGCGAGCUACUUGUAUUAGCAUUCCAACAUCAAGCAAAGGGAAAUCUGCAUCUACAAUGGAUUACAGGACCUUUAUGUCCCAGAAUAUGAACCAAACAAACAGAAAUGAACUAGGAACCCCAAGCAUGUAUAGCUGUAGAAUAUGCCUAUGUGAAUAUGAAAAUGAAAACAAUCCAUUAAUAUCACCAUGUAAAUGCAAAGGGUCAAUGAAAUAUGUGCAUUUAAAUUGUUUGAGAACCUGGAUGAGAGGAAGAUUAAAUGUUAAAAGUGAGUGUUCAUCGUAUUCCUUUUUUUGGAAACAGCUGAAUUGUGAAUUGUGUAAAUUUCCAUAUCCAGCUUAUAUAUAUACACAGAAUAGAUAUUUAGAAUUAUAUGAAAUACCGAAACCAGAGUUACCAUAUAUAAUUAUUGAAUUGAUGAAUGACAGAAAUAAGGGAUUCUAUAUUGUCAGUUUAGCUAACACAAAAUGUGUUCGUAUGGGUAGAGGCCAUGAUACAGAUGUACGUGUGAACGAUAUAUCUGUAUCGAGAUUUCAUGCUAUGAUAAAAUUUUAUAAUGGAAAUUUUUAUAUAGAAGAUUGUAAAAGUAAGUUUGGUACUCUUAUUCAAAUUAGGAAACCCGUUUUUUUUAAUAUAAGACGAAAUAAAUUUAUAGCCUUACAAAUUGGUAGAACUGUUAUGUAUGUAUAUAUGAAGAGAAAAAAUUGGAUAUUUUUGCCUAUAUGCUUAAAAUUGUCCAAAACAAAAGAUGAGGAUGUUAGCACAUUGGAUAAUUUUUCAUCCAAAUUGUUAAUUGAUAAUAAUAUGCAGCUGGAAAACAAUUUUGAUUAUAACAGAGUUAAUGAACAUGAACCCCCAAAUUAUGAAAAUGUUAAUGAGCCCCUUGCACAUAAUGUGAACAAUAUAGUGGUACACGAUGCAGGCAAUGACCAAGUAGACGAUGAUGUAGUUGCGAUGGAGCCCUCGAAUAUUGACCGUGGUAGAAGAGAAAUUAUUUACAACGCAGUUAAUUCUGAAACUGAUGGCGUAGCUGAUAACAUAGUUCAAGGUACCACUGUGGCCCUCGGUUCCGAGGGCAUGAACGAAUCCAUUAUGAACAACAGUAGAAGCAAUGAUAACAACAGUAGAAGCAAUGAUAACAAUGGUAGAAGCAACGACGACAAUGGUAGAAGCAACGACGACAAUGGUAGAAGCAACGACGACAAUGGUAGAAGCAACGACGACAAUGGUAGAAGCAACGACGACAAUGGUAGAAGCAACGACGACAAUGGUAGAAGCAACGACGACAAUGGUAGAAGCAACGACGACAACAGCGAGCAUGAUUUAAAUCUGAACAGUACAGGGAGCAUGGAAAAUAUCAUACCUAUGAACGCACCAAAAGGAAUAUCAGUGAACCCCCGUGGUAAUGGAAAUAACGGAGACACUUAUGAAAGGAAUGACGAGAAUAAGGAAAGUUCGCGUGGAAUAUCAUGA